UUAUUUACAAACUAAAAUGAACCAAAUUCGAUUUGGACUUGAACCGUUGCCUGGAUCUACACAUGACUCAUGUGCCAUGUGCAGCAAUUCAAGGGCAUUUCAUAAAUGUUUAUAUCAAAAUGGAUUUAAUUGCAUUUUUAUUCACUAAGAUUCUUAAUAAAAGUCAAUGACUACUAGUCUUAAUUUAACCUAAUCCCAUUUUCAAUCUUGUUCAGUCCUGCAAUCUUUGAUUCAGAAACCAAAUAUGGAGUUGGGGACAUUAAUGACUGUUGCUCAAAAUCUGUUUACUGCCCUGCAAUGUUCCGAGCUUAGAGACAUUUGUUCCAUCCUGGGUUACAAUUCUCAACUUGAUGGCCUGCAGGAAACUGUGUGCACCCUCAGGACUGUGCUAAAAGAUGCAGAGAACAAGCAAGACCUAAUCCCUCAUGAAUCACUACUCUUGAUUCAACAGCUCAAAAACGUUCUUUAUGAUGUCGAUGAUCUGCUCGAUGAGAUUAUUACGCUUGCUCGACAAAAUGGGCAAAUCGAGGGUAAAGUAGCCUUCGACAAGGUGCACAUAUUGUUUUCUCGUUUCGUUUAUGGUAUGUCUGAUGGUGUUCAGAAAAUCAGAGAGAAGUUGGAUGCUGUUGGCAUUGAUCAUAAUCAAUUAGGCUUCCAAGUUGACUCUGAGCCUAUCAAGACGAGAAGGGAGGAAACCUGUUAUUACCUGUUUGGAGGUAAUGUCAUUGGAAGAGAGGAUGAUGUAGAAAAGAUAGUAAGUUUUUUGCUGAAUCCGAACACUUAUAAUAAUGUUUCUGUGCUUACUAUUGUGGGGAUGGAAGGGUUCGGAAAAACAGCUCUUUCUCGACUUGUCUAUAAUGACGCAAGAGUCACAAACCCGACUAAAUUUUCAUUGAGGUCAUGGACUUGUGUCUCUAAUCACGAUCAAACACAGUUUGACGUAGACGAGAUUUUUCGUGACAUUCUGGCUUCAGCAACUGGUGAGAAUCAAGAAGAAUCCACUUCAGAUUGGGUGCAAACCCAACUUCGGCAUAAACUUGCUAACAACAGAUAUCUUCUUGUCUUAGAGGAUGUAUGGACGGAUAAUCAAGAUCACUGGCUUAAACUGGCAGAGUACUUAUUGAAAGGUCAGAGGGGAAGUCGGAUUGUGGUAACUACACGUUCACACGAAACUGCAAGAAUUAUAGGUGGGGAUUACACACAUGAACUGCAAGGUUUAUCAAAGAAGAAUGCAUGGUGCUUGUUUCGAAACAUAGCAUUUGGAUUGGAACAAUCAAGCUCCUAUGAGGAUUUUGUCGAGAUUGGACAAGAAAUUGUUGAAACAUCAUGUGCAAGAAUCCCUCUUGCUUUACGGUUUGCAGGAAGUCUAUUGUAUGGUCAAGAUAAGAGUCAAUGGGUACUAUUUCAGAAGUUUGGUUUCAGAGGUUGCCAAAAAGACAUCAAGUCUAUAUUGAAACUUAGUUACCAUCAACUCGAGACCCCACUAAAGAGUUGCUUUGCUUUUUGUGCGUUAUUCCCUAAAGACUUUGUGAUACGGAAAGAGUUGUUGUUAAGCCUCUGGAUGGCACAAGGAUACAUUGUUCCGGGGAGUGAUUGUCAAAGAAUGGAAAAUGUUGCCGAAGAGUAUUUUUCAAUUUUAUUGAAAAGAUGUAUUUUCCAAGAUGUAACCCAUGAUGAGUACGGUGAGAUUUUCUCCUGUAAGUUGCACAAUUUGAUGCACGAUAUGGCUGAACAAGUAGUAGGAAAAGAAGUGUGUGUAAAGUCCGUAGUCAUCAACAAUUUGGAUGAAGAAGUUCGACAUCUAUCACUUAAACGAGGUAUAUCUUCCCAUUCCCAAUAUGUUUUCAAUAAGUCCCACAUUCGUUCGUUUUUUUCUGUCAACAAAUGGUGUGUAGAAUUAAAGAUUGAAAACUUCUCUUUGGAUUCACUACUGGAAAAUUGGAAGUGCCUAAGGGCGUUGGACUUGAGCGAUUCAGACAUGAAAACUUUACCCGAAUCAAUUGGUGAACUUUUGCAUUUAAGGUUCUUAGAUCUUUCCGGAAAUGAAUAUUUGGAGAUGCUCCCUACAUCAAUUGUUAAAUUAUAUAAUCUGCAGACAUUGAAAUUAACAGAUUGCAGAAGAUUGAAAGAGUUGCCACAUGAUUUGAGCAAACUGAUCAGCCUCAGGAUAUUGGACACAAAGAACUGUUAUGAGCUGACCCAUAUGCCUGUGGGAAUGGGUAAGUUGAGUUUUCUUUAUAUGUUAACAAGGUUUGAAGUGGGUGGAAGAAGUUUAAAUUGGGAGCAAUUUUUUGAUGAAUUGAAUGAAAUUAAAGAUCUGAAUAACUUGAAAGGUGAGUUUGUUCUGUCAAUUGAUUUCCCUACAGAAGUUAAGGACUAUGAUAGGACAAAAGGAGAACAUUUGAAGAACAAAAAGCAUCUUAAUAAUGUCGUAAUCGAUGUUUGGGGACACAAUAGAGAUGAAGAAUCAAACUUAAUGGAAGAGCUAGAACCACAUUCUAAUCUUAAGGGACUAGAAUUGAUUGGAUAUGGUGUGAGAAUGCCGAGUUGGGCAAAAGGAAAUAACUUGAUGAAUUUUUUCCCUACUCUCGUAAGAUUGCACCUUUCGCAGUUUCGUGUGGUUAACUUGAUAUGCGUUGGAAAUCUUCCGCGUUUGAAAUCCCUUAAAGUUGAGUCUUUGAGAGAAUUAGAGUAUAUGAUUGAUUAUAACGCGACAACAGCAUCAACUGAGAUGUCAUCCGUAGAGGGAUUAGUAUUAUUAUAUCCUUCCCUCGAGUGUCUUGAGUUAGAAUGUCUUCCGAAAUUGAAAGGAUGGCAGACAGCAAGGAAUGAGGUGAACGGGAUGGAACCAUUAUUGUUUGCUCGGUUGAAGAGGUUGAGCAUAUAUAGCUGCCCAAACACGAAAACUGUUCUGCUAUGUCCUGUUUUAGAAACGUUGCGAUUACUGGACUUCAACGAAAGACUGCAGAUAAAAAUAUCGAAGAAAGAAUCAGGGAAUCAGAAAGCGGAAGCAACUAAAACUCCAUCUCUACGAGAGGUAGAAAUAAGCAAUGUGACAUGGCUGAAGUCACUGCCCAUUGAGACUUUUCAUUGUCUUAAAAGCUUACAUAUAUCAAACGACGAGCAUAUGCUAAGUUUGAAUGAUGUUAGGGAAGUGUUCUACAGCUGCUCGUGUUCCCUACAACAGUUGAGUUUUUGGGGUUGCACUAAUUUAAGAAGUGUUAGAGAAGGAUUGGAACAUCUAACUGUAUUGGAAUACUUAAAGUUUGGGAAUUGUGUGAAUCUGAUCUUAUCAGGAGAGGAUGAUAUACACAAUAAUAUGAUGCCUUUUUAUCAUUCCCUUAAUUACUUGAGAUUUCAGUGGCUUCCACAGUUGGCAGAUUUGCCUGAUUGGAUGAGAUUCUUGACAUCCCUUCAAACACUUGAAGUUGAUAGUUGUGGAAAGCUGAAAUCCAUUCCGAAUUGGAUUUCAAGACUGACGUCCCUCGGACGACUUUUUAUCUAUGGUGGUGCAAAUGGUCUCAAGGAAAGGUGCCAAUACUCUACAGGGGAAGACUGGCCUCACAUUCAACACAUUCCUUCUAUAGAAAUCAGGCCAUGA